GGCGCCGACACCCCGUUCUGUGGCAGUGUGACUGUGACCUCAGCCGACCGGUCUCAUAUAGCGCGUGCCAGUUGUGCCACCUGAUUGAGUGUCCCGUUAACUUCCUAACUAUUGGACCUCGGCCUUGUAUUUACUUAAUGUUGUUUUGAAUCAACACAAUAGAUGGCUUCUGGUCGGAACCAUGGCUUCCACAUCCCAAACCCUCAUAUCCGGGAGAUGGAGCAAGAUGUUCUGUAUCACAUCGCCUUGGAAACCAAGUCACAUGACCUACCCGCCAUGUUUGGCAACGUCAAGUUCGUCUGCGUAGGUGGCAGCCCUAACAGGAUGAAGCACCUGGCGGACUACUUGCAGGAACAACUGCACGUGGAGAUUCCCGCUGGAAUGACACUGUGCAACCUGGGCAAGGGGAAGGCAAGAUACGCCAUGUAUAAAGUCGGCCCUGUGCUAUGUGUCAGUCACGGUAUGGGAGUUCCAUCUCUCAGUAUUUUGCUUCACGAGUUGUUCAAACUUUUGUUCCACGCCAAAUGUAAAGACGUGACGAUCAUCAGAGUGGGGACCUCUGGAGGAAUAGGUUUGGAUCCCGGCACAGUGGUUGUUACUGAGGAAGCCCUGAAUACCUUCCUGGAGCCAUAUUAUACACAGGUGAUACUGGGAAAGGAGACCAAGAAACCAAGUGUGUUGGACCGUGGACUUGCCGAGGCCAUUUUGGGGUGUAGCUCACCCAAAGACAACUUUAAAACUGUUCUUGGGAAAACUAUGUGUGCUAACGACUUUUACGAAGAGCAAGCCCGACUAGACGGCGCAGUGUGCACGUUCACGGAGAAAGAAAAGAUGGACUAUCUACACGAGCUGUACGCCGCGGGAGUUCGGAAUAUCGAAAUGGAGGCCGUGGCUUUUGCCGCCAUGUGCCACCGGGUCAAUAUUAAAGGUGCGGUGGUUUGUGUAACGCUAGUCAACCGACUGAAGGGAGACCAAGUCACGGCCACUAACGAGAUUAUGCGAGAGUAUCAGAGACGACCGCAGAGAAUUGUUGGCAGAUACAUACGUCAACAGCUUGGCCUUGAUUAGGACUGCAAACAACUCGAGACAAAUUGUUUUAUGGAACAUUUACCAAUAUUUUCCGCUAGUUCAUAACCAUUCCUUGCUGUUUUAGCUUUCAUAGAGCGUCGCUUAUUCUGGCAGGUUUGGGAUUGAUGACAAAAAAGUCGGCCUCGCUUCGCUCAAAAUAUACAAUGGAAUCAUGUUUAAAUGAGUUUCAUUUCCAACCAAUCAUGAUGGAGAAAACUGUGACAAGUGGGCAGUAACUAUAUCUGCUUUGUAUUCUGCUUUCCAUCAAACUCUGUGAUUUAGCAUGUUACAUGUAUCGGAAGAUGACUGACGUUUAUCGUGGUUACUUGCCUAAAAACACUCUUCCACAAAUGCUUCAAAGUCGACUUUAUUUAGAGUCGCGUAUGAAGCAAAAUUAAGACGAUGAGGAUUCCUUUUGCCAACCCGCUCCUGCUUCCUGCACUCAUGACGGACGUGGUAGAGGAUUAGCCUCCAUAACACACAGGAGCGCACCCAGGGUUAUUUGAAGGGGGGAGGGUCCGCGGAUGCGAAGCCGACCCUCCCUCAUCCCCUCCCCCCCUUGGCGUGGGGUGCGGGACCCGUUGAAGGGCCCUGAAAAUUUAGGCAUUUUAGAGGGCAACCUAUGUUUCAGCUAGUCAAAAUUCUAAUUUCAAGAGGGGACCAUUGUUGUGAUUUUUUUUUCAGAAAUCGAAGGGGGGAGGAGGUCAGGAACCCCUAAAUACGCCACUGAACAUAGUCGGCUAUCCGAUUUUAACAGUCUAAGCUUAAAGCAAUAAUAACUCUUCGUUUCGGCCAAAAAAUGAAUUUUCCUGGAGUAAACAAC